ACCCCGGCAGAUGUCUCGCCUAAAGCGGAUGUUAAGAAUAAUCAUCGUGUCCUCAUCAGAAACUCGUAUAUUCGUGAUUUUGAGCAGUUAUAUGAUAACAUAUUUAACAAGCAUGGUUAUUGUCAUAGCGUAUUUAACACUGCUGCAACAUCCUCAUACGUGGACAUGCAGACGUCUCGCUUGAAAUCUAAGAUUUUAGCCAUCGCGUCCUCAUUAUAAGUAUUUUUGAGAGUUUAUGGGUGAAUUGCGAAAGAUGUCAGCAAAUCUUUUAUCUUGAAGCCCCUUCAAACUAACACUGGCACGACGUCAUUUCCACACGGAAGUGUGCGUCUACUCAGUCUCAUGACUUGCCUGAAAAUAAAACAAACCAACAACGUGAUUGUCAAAAUUAGAAUUAUUUUAUCGUCAUUGUAAGACACGAAGUGUAUUUCCCAAUAGGUAAAUAUGGUUUCCACUGAUUUCAAAGCGCUGAUCCAAAGGUUUUACCAGCUGCAGUCAGAGCGUCUGGAGACCUAUCGACUCUUUGAGGAAGGACACGAGGCCUACCUGAGGACGGGCCCGCACUAUGACUUCGAGCACUACAAGCAGCUCGUGCACCAGAUCACGCUGGCCUUCAGCGGCAUCUCCAAGGAGGUUCUGGACAUCAAGGACAAGUUCCGGCUCCACUUGGACCGGCCCGACCUUUCGGAACACAUCGACAAGCUGCAGUGCAAAGAGAAGCACAAGCUCCAACUGACAGCUCAACUGCAGCUGGCCAGGCAGCGGGCUCAGGACCGCCCGGAAGAGCAGGACACCUGUCAGGAGACCAUCCAGCAGCUCAAACACGAGAUCAUCAAGACCCACGAGGCGCUCAGCGAGAUUAUGCAGGACUUCAAGUACGACUCCGAGGAGAGUGAUUGACAGGCGGAGACCUCCUUUGGUCCGAUUGCCACAAGUGGCUUUCGAAAUUCCGAGCUGCGCGUGAAGGCGUCGCGCGCUGCAGGCGGAAGCGGACGCCUCCUCCCGUGAAGGC